AGAGAGAGACGGAGAGAGAGAGAGACGGAGAGAGAGACGGAGAGAGAGAGAGAGAGAGAGGAGCAGACUGGACGUUGUUGUGCAGAACCCUCUCGGUGCCCUCGUCGCCGCAUGAGCCCAGCCUCGCUGGUGAAAUGCACAAUCCAACGUGAGUCGCUUGCGGAUUCGCCGAGGAGCGCGCAGCCGGAGAGAGGAGUGGUCUGACGCGGGGAUCGACGGAGCCCUGGACGCCGCAGAGCCUCCUCGAGCGCGCCUGCUCCCACGAAGUUGCGAGUCGAGGCGGCGGUUCGCAUCUGACCGUUGCCCAACCACCCGGAGAGGACUGCGCACGGGCCGAACGCUGCAUUGUGGGCAAAACCGAGACGCCGAUUAUUCCUCCACCCCCCAGCCCCCAGCCCCCACCUCGGGGAUUGCACAAUCCGAUCUCCCCCAAAAUGUCAUCGCAGGCGAAAGUCAAGAAGGACAAAGAGAUUAUUGCCGAAUAUGAGACCCAAGUGAAAGAGAUCCGUAACCAGCUGGUGGAGCAGUUCCGUUGUCUGGAGCAGCAGUCCGAGUCCCGGCUGCAGCUGCUGCAGGACCUGCAGGAGUUCUUCCGGCGAAAAGCAGAGCUCCAGCUCGAGUACUCCAGAGGCCUGGACAAACUGGCAGAGCGCUACUCUGCCAAGAUCCGUACCUCCAGAGAGCACCAACACUUCAAAAAGGACCACAAUCUGUUGUCCACAGUGAACUGCUGGUACUUGGUCUUGGACCAGACCAGGCGGGAGAGCAGGGACCACGCCACUCUCAGCGACCUCUACAACAACAACGUCAUUGUCCGUCUGGCGCACGUGGGCGAGGAUGUCAUCAGACUUUUCAAAAAGAGCAAAGACAUCGGGGUGCAAAUGCACGAGGAGCUGGUGAAAGUCACUAAUGAACUCUACACUGUGAUGAAGACGUACCACAUGUACCACACUGAGAGUCUCAGUGCUGAGAGCAAGCUGAAGGAGGCAGAAAAACAGGAAGAGAAACAUAUCGGCAAGGCCAAUGACAUAAGCACCAGCCUGCUGCGUUAUGGUCAUGAUGAACGUCCACAGCGGCGGAGCUCUGUCAAGAAGAUGGAGAAAAUGAAGGAGAAGAGACAAGCCAAGUACUCUGAAAAUAAGCUGAAAUGCACAAAGGCCCGCAACGAUUAUCUUCUCAAUCUGGCGGCCACCAAUUCCCUGGUGGCCAAAUACUACAUCCACGAUGUCUCCGAUAUGAUAGAUUGUUGUGACCUAGGUUACCACGCAAGCUUGGCACGCACCAUGAGAACCUACCUGUCUGCGGAGUAUAGCCUAGAGACUUCUCGCCAUGAGGGUUUGGACUUACUGGAGGGAGCAGUAGACGCAAUGGACAUCAGAGGAGACAAGCUGAAAUUUAUGGACACGCACAGUCAGAUCUUCUGUCCUCCUGCACGCUUUGACUACCAGCCACACAUGGGCGAUGAGGUGUGUCAGGUAAGCGCGCAGCAGCCUGUCCAGACAGAGCUCUUGAUGCGCCAUCACCAGCUGCAGUCUCGCCUGGCCACGCUGAAGAUAGAAAAUGAAGAGGUGAGGAAGACCCUUGAUGCCACGAUGCAGACCCUACAGGACAUGCUCACCGUGGAGGACUUUGAUGUUUCAGAAGCCUUCCAGCACAGCCAAUCCACAGAGUCGGUCAAAUCGGCUUCCUCUGACUCCUACAUGAGCAAGGCGAACAUCGUUAAGAGACGAGCCAAUCAGCAAGAGACUGAGGGCUUCUACUUCACUAAAUACAAGGAGUACUUGAACGGCAGCAAUCUCAUUGUCAAACUGCAGGCCAAGCAUGACCUUUUGAAGCAGACGCUUGGAGAAGGGGAAAGAGCUGAAUAUGGAACAACAAGGCCCCCCACUCUUCCCCCUAAACCCCAGAGAAUGCGGAAGUCUAGACCUCGCUCCGUUUUUUACCAUAAGCUGUUUAACGGCAAUAUGGAGGCCUUCAUUCAGGACUCAGGGCAGCCUAUACCAGUGGUGGUUGAGAGCUGCAUUCGAUACAUCAACCUGUACGGUCUUCAGCAGCAAGGUAUAUUUCGAGUUCCAGGCUCCCAGGUCGAAGUCAACGAUAUUAAAAAUGCAUUUGAAAGAGGGGAGGAUCCUUUGGUGGAUGAUCAGUCUGAUCAUGACAUCAACUCUGUGGCAGGCGUUCUGAAGCUCUACUUCAGGGGACUGGAAAACCCACUGUUCCCGAAAGAGCGUUUCCUCGAUCUCAUAUCUACCAUCAAGCUUGACACGGGUGCAGAAAGAGCUCAUCACCUUCAGCAGAUAGUUGUGACUCUUCAGCGGCCCGUGAUCAUCGUCAUGAGAUACCUGUUUGCAUUUCUCAACCAUCUUUCCCAGUACAGUGACGAGAACAUGAUGGACCCCUACAACCUGGCCAUUUGCUUUGGCCCCACACUGAUGCCCAUACCAGAUGACCAGGACCCUGUGUCCUGCCAGGCGCAUGUGAAUGAGGUCAUUAAGAACGUCAUCAUCCACCAUGAGGUCAUCUACCCAACACUGCGAGAACUGGAGGGACCUGUGUAUGAAAAAUGCAUGGCUGGAGGGGAAGAGUACUGUGAAAGCCCCCACAGUGAGCCUGGAGCUCUCGAUGAGGUAGACAAUGGCACUGGUCCCAACACUAGUGACGAAGAGGUGGAGCAGAUCGAGGCCAUAGCGAAGUUUGACUAUGUGGGCCGAAGCCCUCGGGAGCUUUCCUUCAAGAAGGGAGCCUCUCUGUUACUCUACCUGCGAGCCUCUGAGGACUGGUGGGAGGGCCGUCACAACGGUGUGGAUGGGCUGAUCCCACAUCAGUACAUUGUGGUGCAAGACAUGGAUGAUGCAUUCUCCGAUAGCAUUCAGAGGACCGACAGUGAGGCCAGCAGCGGAUCGCACCGCGAUGACAGAGCCUCAUCCCGAAACGAACGCCAAUCUCCUUGUGACCACACACCUGAGCACCGUUUUGGAGCAGCACUGGGAAGAGUGAGAGUGCGAUCAGAUGGAGCUGCAGUUCCACGCCACAGGAACAGUGCUGACACCCACAGUCCGCCCCGAGCCGCAGACCAGCCCCCCAGAGUUAUGCCUCGGCCCUGCAGCCCACACAAGAUGGUUGUAAGCAGGGGCCUCACUGACAGUCCCGAGAAACGGCGCCUCGCCACGUUUGGCAGCGCAGGCUUCAUCGGCCACCCUGACAGAAAGGCCUUCAUCGACAGCCACUCUCAACGGUCUUCACCCAGCACCACUCGGCAUGCAAGUUUGGGAGACCACAAAGCUCUUGAAGCUGAGGCGCUCGCUGAGGACAUAGAGAAAACAAUGAACACGGCUCUCCACGAGUUGCGGGAGCUGGAGAGACAGAAUGUAGCCAAACACGCCCCCGACGUUGUCCUGGACACUCUGGAGCCUCUCAAACACCCCAGUGCAGCCCAGGAUCCACCCUGCAGCCCCCUGCACACCAUGGUGAUCCGGGAUCCAGAUGCAGCGCAGCGACGCAGCAGCAGCAGCUCCUCCUCCGAGACCAUGACCACUUUUAAACCUUCCCUGUCGGCGCGCAGGCCGAGCGCACCUCUGAGGCCCCCGCCUGUCAGACCUGUUCGGCCUGCUCCAGUGAUCGGACAGGGUCAGGGACCGCACCGCUCCAGCAGCUCUAGUUCCUCUGGGCUGGGCAGCCCAGGCAUCACCCCCACUGACAGGGUCUUCCCCAAAGCUCCCUCCCCAUCCCCAUCCACCUCCUCCUCCUCCUCAGACAAACAAGGUAACAUGUAGCUCCGGUCUGUCACAAGGCAAGUGGUUGCAGGACACUGAAUACUGAGUGAUUUGUGUUUACCAUCCCACCCCUACACUUCUUUCUGACAGCAAAGCAAACAUUGACACCUGGUGCGUAUUAUGAAUAUUACCACUAAACUUGUAUAUCGUAGGAUGGAUACUGCUGGUUUCUGCCCACACAUUUACUCAACGGCGGACAAGUUGUUGUGCUCUUUUACAAAAAAAAAAACAUAUUACACAGAAAUAGGAUUUAAAUAUAGGAGAAAAAACCAUUUUAUAGAAUGGUACCAUGCUGAAUAGCCAUGCUGGAUUAAAAAAAAAAAAAGGGAUGCACUGGAAAAUACUUGUGUUCAUUGACAAUGGAACGUCUCAUCGAGAUGCUAUUGGAUUCACAACGUUGUUGUGAGCUCUGACUUUGUGUCUGGUUUCCUGUUCCAUUAUGAGGGAACACUUAAGGGAACAUUUCACCACAUCCUGUAGACGUCCACUCUGUGUUGGUGGUUCAUAUAGUCUAUUAUAAUGAGGAUGUUUCCUCAGAGAGCCUGUGUCAGUGUCAUUCAGACCGUAGGCGAAUAGUGAAAUCAAUAUUAAUCAAAUGCAGUUCUUCUAAUGACCACUAGAUGCUGACUCUUAACGUUGUUCACCACUGAGUGAUGAUACAUAUAUAUUCAGUGAAUGCAACACACAGAUGGCAUCAGUUCAUCUCUUAUGGUUUUGGUUAAUGCUUUUCUACAAACACAAACUCUGAACAAAAGAUAUCACGAAUAUUAAUCAGAUGUGCUAUACAAAAAUGAUACACACAAUUUCAACAAAAUGGUGAUAUCCUAUCAAACUAUUGGUUUUUAUACAUCAACAAAAAAAAAAUAGUCUGAGUCCAAGUGAACUCAUGUAGCAGCGCACACAUCACGUCGUCGAGGCGUCUGCCUCUUAUGCCCUGCUAGCACUCUGCGACUGUGACUCAGAAAUACAUAUUGUUUGAAAAUAUAUAUCAGUUCUGGGAAGCAAUUUUAUAAUACUUCUCAAGUCUAAUAACAGGAGACAAGAAUAUGAAACUUAUCUCAGCCACAGCUUUAUUUUUCCUUUUUCAUAAAUUUUGGAAUAUGGACAGCAGAAGUAAACCAGACUACAGUUACCCAGAGAACACUGACAAUUACUGAGGACAUUAUUACGGACACGCCACUUCUAUAUUAACAAGUAAAUAAAGAUGAGCAUCAUCAAAAUGCUCUUAUUAUACUGUCAUCUCUCUUUAUACAAAGUUAAUCUGUGUUACCUCAACAAAUAAGGAAAACAUUCUCGUACAAGUGACUAAUGCACUUAAAAUAAACACUACAGGGAAGUGUGCUGCAUCUGUGGGUUCUGUGUAUUUUAUGUGGAUGAAAUUGUGCUCGAAACAUGUUAAGGCACAUGAACUAUCAUCGAAGCUUACGUAAUGUCUAGGUUUCACAUGGUCAGCUCCGGCUGUGUGGGAGUUUAGAAGAACUUGUUUACUGUCGGUGAUUCGUUGUCUGUCUAAUGAGGAUGAUCUAUAUAUCUUUAAAGUGUUACAGGUAUAUUUGAGUGAAUAUAUACAUACUGUUUAAGGAUACUUGUAUAAAUAACAUUGUAUGAUAGAAACAGGAUAUAUUAUCAUCUCUAGUGUGUAGAUCUUUUUUAAUUCCUAUCCUCGCACAAACAUUAACAAAACAAUAAAUAAAUGAAGCAUCA